CAGCUCCAGCCUGGAGAGAAGGACUCAAACUUCCGGUGGUGUGUCAUGGCGGCGCGGUGGAGUAUGCUUGAAGUGAAAAACUGAGCCCCGCUCCCUCUUUCUUCUCCUCCUGCAAGACUCGGGAGCGCCGCGGGGUGUCUGGCGCGGAGACGGAGGCCGCUCGGAGCCGGGGAGGGGUUGAGCGCGGCGGGGUAAAUCCGCCUGACCAUGGCGGCGCACAAACCAGUGGAGUGGGUCCAGGCCGUGAUUAACAGAUUCGACGAGCAGCUCCCCAUUAAGACCGGACAGCAGAACACACACACCAAAGUAAGCACAGAGCACAACAAGGAAUGUCUGAUCAACAUCUCUAAAUAUAAGUUUUCCCUCGUCAUCAACGGCCUGACUAACAUCCUCAAAAAUGUUAACAACAUGCGAAUAUUUGGAGAAGCUGCCGAAAAGAACCUCUACCUCUCCCAGCUCAUCAUCCUGGACACUCUGGAGAAGUGCUUGGCAGGGCAAACCAAGGACUGCUUGCGGCUGGAUGAGGCCAUGCUGGUGAAGCAGUUACUCCCAGAGAUCUGUCACUUCCUGCAUUCAUGUCGUGAGGGUCAGCAGCACGCAGCUCAGCUGCGCAGCUCUGCCUCGGCUGUGCUCUUCUCUCUCAGCUGCAACAACUUCAACGCCGUCUUCAGUCGCAUCUCCACCCGGUUACAGGAGCUGACCGUUUGCACAGAGGACACAGUAGACGUUCAUGACAUUGAGCUGAUUCAGUACAUCAAUGUGGACUGCUCCAAGUUAAAGAGAUUACUUCAAGAAACUGUACUGAAAUUCAAAGCACUGAAAAAGCCAGCACAGCUUUCUGUUAUAAAUAGUUUGGAAAAGGCUUUCUGGAACUGGGUGGAGUUUUACCCUGAUGAGUUUACGAUGCUGUAUCAGAGACCACAGGCUGAUAUGGCUGACUCUGCUGAGAAGCUGUUUGACCUAGUGGACAGUUUUGCAGAGAGUGCAAAAAGGAAGGCAGCCGUGUGGCCUCUGCAAAUCAUUCUCCUGAUCCUGUGUCCUGAGAUCACACAGAGCAUCUCAAAAGAAGUAGUGGAGGACAGCAAGGCCAAUAAGAAAUUGUUUUUGGAUAGUCUGAGGAAAGCCCUUGCAGGUCACGGCAGCAGCAAGCAGUUGACUGAGAGCGCAGCCAUCGCCUGUGUCAAACUGUGUAAAGCUUCAACAUACAUCAACUGGGAGGAUCAUUCUGUCAUCUUCCUGCUAGUGCAGUCCAUUGUGGUGGAUCUUAAAGCUCUCCUGUUUAACCCAACUAAACCGUUCUCACGGGGCACUGGAUGCCAAAGCGCUGACGUGGACCUGAUGAUUGACUGCUUUGUGUCCUGCUUCCGCAUCAACCCACACAACAACCAGCACUUCAAGGUUUGUCUGGCCUCUUCAUCUCCUCCUACCUUCCAUUUCGUCCUGGUCAACUCUCUGCACAAAAUCAUCACCAAUUCUCACUUGGACUGGUGGCCAAAAAUCGAUGCCAUCUACUGCUACUCAGUCGAGCUGCGUGCCAUGUUUGCAGACACACAGGGCCGAGUCGUCCAGAGCCACAGUGCCCAUCAACCACUGAGGAUGACCCCGAGUCUAACGUUCAAGGAGAAGAUGACGACUAGUCUAAAGUUCAAGGAAAAGUCUGCAGAUAUGGACUCUCGUUCUCUCUUGCUUGCUUUGGUGAAACUCAUCCAUGCUGACCCCAAACUAAUGCUACAUAACCCUGGGAAGCAGGGAGUCGAGAUCCAGAGCAGCACAACUGAGCUCAUCAUCGGCCUGGUCCAGCUCGUGCCCCUCACACACGCGUCAGAGCUCUCUCAGGAGGCCAUGGAGGCACUUUUGGUGUUGCAUCAGCCUGAGACCAUCGAGCUGUGGAACCCUGAUACACCUAUUGAGACUUUCUGGGAUAUCAGCUCUCAGGUCCUGUUCCUCAUAUGUAAGAAGCUGACUGGCCACCAGAUGAUCAACAGCACGGAGAUCUUGAAGUGGCUAAGGGAGAUUCUCAUCUGCAGGAACAAGUUCCUCUUGAAGAACAAAGAGAGUGCCACACAGGGGAGUUUGAUCCCCAUUAGCAGACAAGCACAGACCAAGCUGGAGGUGUGUCUGUACUCGUUCCUGUGGAGUCCGGACGCUGAGGCCGUGCUGGUGGCCAUGUCCUGCUUUCGGCACCUGUGUGAGGAGGCGGAUAUCCGCUGCAGCGUGGAUGAGCUGCCUGUAUACACUGUCCUUCCCAACUACAACACCUUCAUAGAGUUUGCUUCCGUCAGCAACAUGAUGGCGACAGGCCGUUCUACCCUACAGAAGAGAGUGAUGGCCUUACUUAGAAGGAUAGAUCAUCCUACAGCUGGAAACAUAGAGGCUUGGGAGGAUACUCAUGUUAAAUGGGAGCAGUCAACCAAACAAAUACUAAACCAUCCCAAGAACAAAGCUGAAGAUGGACAUGAGUGGAUCAGUAUGACUGGUUUCCUGUGUGCUCUGGGUGGUGUGUGUCUGCAGCAGCGCAGCACACCCAGCCUGGGCACCUAUAGCCCUCCUAUGGGUCCUCUGAGCGAGCGCAAGGGCUCCAUGAUCUCCAUGGCCUCGGGUGAGGUGAACAGUGAGACGCCUCUCAGCAGGUUUUUAGAGCGGCUGCUGUCCCUCAUGGUUUGCACUCAUGAGAAGGUUGGCCUGCAGAUCCGCACCAACGUGAAAGACCUGGUUGGUUUGGAGCUGAGCCCCGCCCUCUACCCCAUGCUCUUCACCAAGCUGCGUAACAGCAUAGGCCGCUUUUUUGACACCCAGGGGCCGGUGCCCAUCAACGACACAAACACACUGUUUGUGGAGCAGACAAUUGCCAUCAUGAAGAACCUGCUGGACAGUCACACAGAGGGUAGCUCUGAGCAUCUUGGCCAGGCCAGCAUUGAGACCAUGAUGCUCAACCUAGUCAGGUACGUCCGCAUUUUAGGAAAUGGGGUUCAUGCCAUUCAGAUUAAAACCAAGCUAUGUCAGUUAGUGGAGGUGAUGAUGGAGCGCAGGGAUGAUCUCUCCUUCUGUCAAGAGAUGAAAUUCAGAAAUAAGAUGGUGGAAUAUUUGACUGACUGGGUAAUGGGGACUUCCAAUCAAGCCGCAGACGAUGAUGUUAAAUAUCUCACACGGGACCUGGACCAGGCAAGUAUGGAGGCAGUAGUGUCGUUGCUGGCUGGCCUGCCUCUACAGCCUGAGGAAGGAGAUGGAGUGGAGCUGAUGGAGGCCAAAUCUCAACUCUUCCUGAAGUAUUUCACUCUGUUCAUGAACCUGCUGAAUGACUGUAGUGAAGUAGAGGAGGAUGGCCAGCAGGUGGCUGAGAGGAAACGAGGAAUGUCCAGACGUCUUGCUUCCCUGCGCCACUGCACCGUGCUGGCCAUGUCAAAUCUGCUCAAUGCCAAUGUGGACAGCGGCCUCAUGCACUCCAUAGGGCUGGGCUAUCAUAAAGACCUGCAGACGAGGGCCACCUUCAUGGAGGUGCUCACGAAGAUCUUGCAGCAAGGAACGGAGUUCGACACCCUGGCCGAGACUGUUCUGGCUGACCGCUUCGAAAGACUGGUGGAGCUCGUCACCAUGAUGGGGGACCAGGGGGAGCUGCCCAUCGCUAUGGCUCUAGCCAAUGUGGUGCCCUGCUCACAGUGGGACGAGCUGGCCAGGGUGUUGGUGACACUGUUUGACUCCAGGCAUCUGCUCUACCAACUGCUCUGGAACAUGUUCUCUAAAGAGGUGGAGCUGGCUGACUCCAUGCAAACUCUUUUCAGGGGAAACAGUCUGGCGAGCAAGAUCAUGACCUUCUGUUUUAAGGUAUAUGGAGCUGCUUAUCUGCAGAAGCUUCUGGAGCCUCUGCUGAGAGGAGUAAUCACCACUCCUGAAUGGCAGCACAUUAGUUUUGAGGUGGACCCCACCAGGCUGGAACAAACUGAGAACCUGGAAGAGAACCAGAGAAAUUUGCUGCAAAUCACAGACCGCUUCUUCCUGGCCAUCAUCAAUUCCUCCAGCGAGUUUCCCCCACAGCUGCGGAGUGUCUGCCACUGUCUGUACCAGGCUACUUGCCACUCCCUACUGAAUAAAGCCACUGUUAAAGAAAAAAAGGAAAACAAAAAAUCCGUCGUCAGUCAGCGUUUCCCCCAGAACAGCAUAGGUGCUGUUGGCAGCGCCAUGUUUCUGCGCUUCAUCAACCCAGCCAUAGUGUCGCCUUAUGAAGCAGGCAUCCUAGACAAAAAGCCUCCUCCUCGGAUUGAACGAGGCCUCAAGCUCAUGUCUAAGAUUCUGCAGAGCAUUGCUAAUCAUGUCCUCUUUACUAAAGAAGAGCAUAUGAGGCCCUUUAAUGAUUUUGUGAAAAGCAACUUUGACGCAGCAAGGAGAUUUUUCCUGGACAUCGCAUCUGACUCCCCACCUAGUGACUCGGUCAACCACAGCCUGUCCUUUAUCAGUGAUGGAAAUGUCUUGGCCCUUCACCGUCUUCUAUGGAACAAUCAGGAGAGAAUUGGACAGUACCUGUCCAGCAACAGAGACCAUAAGGCUGUGGGUAGGAGACCCUUUGAUAAGAUGGCCACCCUCCUGGCCUACCUCGGCCCCCCUGAGCACAAACCUGUAGCGGACACCCACUGGUCCAGCCUCAACCUCACCAGUUCCAAGUUUGAGGAGUUCAUGACCAGGCACCAAGUCCAUGAAAAAGAAGAAUUCAAAGCCCUGAAGACACUAAACAUAUUUUACCAGGCAGGAACAUCUAAGAACGGCAAUCCUGUCUUCUAUUACAUUGCUCGCAGGUUUAAAACGGGACAAAUCAAUGGUGACCUCCUGAUCUACCAUGUGCUGCUCACCCUGAAGCCAUACUAUGCCAAACACUACGAGAUAGUAGUGGACCUGACUCAUGUGGGCCCAAGCAACCGCUUCAAGACAGACUUUCUCUCCAAAUGGUUUGUUGUCUUUCCAAAUUUUGCUUAUGAGAACGUGGCUGCAGUCUUCAUCUACAACUGCAACACCUGGGUGCGGGAAUACACCAAAUACCAUGAGCGGCUGCUGACCGGUCUCAAAGGGAGUAAGAAGCUGCUGUUCAUUGAUUCUCCUGCACGACUCGCCGAACACGUGGAACCUGACCAGCAGAAGCUUCCUGCUGCCACCUUGGCUCUGGAAGAAGACCUUAAAGUUUUUCAUAAUGCCCUUAAGCUGGCUCAUAAGGACACUAAAGUGUCUAUUAAGGUGGGCUCCACCGCGGUGCAGGUGACUUCAGCAGAGCGUACCCGUGUUCUAGGCCAGUCAGUCUUCCUCAAUGACAUCUACUAUGCUUCAGAGAUAGAGGAGAUCUGCCUGGUGGAUGAGAACCAGUUCACUUUGACCAUUGCCAAUCAAGGCACCCCCCUCACCUUCAUGCACCAGGAAUGUGAUGCCAUUGUUCAGUCCAUCAUCCACAUUCGCACACGCUGGGAGCUCUCGCAACCUGACUCCAUUCCUCAGCACACCAAGAUCAGGCCUAAAGAUGUUCCUGGCACCUUGCUUAACAUUGCCCUUCUCAACCUGGGCAGUUCCGACCCCAGUCUGAGGUCUGCAGCAUACAACCUCCUGUGUGCCUUAACCUGUACCUUCAACCUCAAGAUUGAAGGGCAGCUCCUGGAGACAUCUGGCUUGUGCAUUCCAGCCAACAACACGCUUUUCAUUGUGUCUAUCAGUAAGACAUUAGCAGCCAAUGAACCCCAUCUCACCUUGGAGUUCCUGGAAGAGUGCAUCUCUGGAUUCAGCAAGUCAAGUAUUGAACUGAAGCACCUGUGCCUAGAGUACAUGACUCCAUGGUUGCGGAACCUGGUGCGCUUCUGUAAGCACAAUGACGACGCCAAGCGUCAGCGAGUCACUGCCAUACUGGACAAGCUCAUCACCAUGACCAUCAAUGAGAAGCAAAUGUACCCCUCAAUUCAGGCUAAGAUAUGGGGCAGCCUGGGACAGAUAUCAGACCUGCUCGAUGUGGUGUUGGAUAGUUUCAUUAAGACCAGUGCUACUGGCGGCCUGGGAUCCAUCAAAGCUGAAGUAAUGGCUGACACAGCUGUGGCUCUGGCUUCGGGAAAUGUCAAACUGGUCUCCAGCAAAGUCAUUGGCCGCAUGUGCAAGAUCAUCGAUAAGACGUGUCUCUCUCCCACUCCAACACUGGAGCAGCACCUGAUGUGGGAUGACAUCGCUAUCUUGGCCCGCUACAUGCUCAUGCUCUCCUUUAACAACUCUCUGGACGUGGCAGCUCACCUGCCAUACCUCUUCCAUGUGGUCACCCUGCUUGUGGCUACAGGACCCCUCUCCCUCAGAGCUUCCACCCAUGGGCUGGUGAUUAACAUCAUCCACUCACUCUGUACCUGUUCCCAGCUCAAUUUCAGUGAGGAGACUAAACAGGUGCUGCGCCUCAGUCUGACUGAAUUCUCCCUGCCCAAGUUCUACCUGCUGUUCGGCAUCAGUAAGGUAAAGUCAGCAGCGGUCAUCGCUUUCCGCUCCAGCUACAGGGACCGCUCCUUCUCUCCAGGCUCCUAUGAGAGAGAGACCUUCGCCUUGUCCUCUUUAGAGACGGUCACUGAAGCCUUGCUGGAGAUCAUGGAGGCUUGUAUGAGGGACAUUCCUGGAUGCAAGUGGCUGGACCAGUGGACUGAGUUAGCUCAGAAGUUUGCUUUCCAGUAUAACCCAUCUCUUCAGCCUCGUGCCCUGGUGGUGUUCGGUUGUAUCAGUAAGCGUGUGACUCAUGGCCAGAUCAAGCAGAUCAUCCGAAUCCUGAGCAAGGCCAGUCCUCUUCUCAGCAUAGAUCGGGGGCUGGAGAGCUGCUUAAAGGGACCGGAUAAUUACAACAGCCAGGUUCUCAUUGAGGCCACGGUCAUCGCACUGACCAAGUUACAACCCCUCCUCAGCCAGGACUCUCCCAUGCACAAGGCUCUGUUCUGGGUGGCAGUAGCCGUGCUGCAGUUGGACGAGGUGAAUCUGUACUCUGCUGGAACUGCACUGCUGGAGCAGAACCUGCACACAUUAGACAGCUUACGGGUUUUUAAUGACAAGAGUCCUGAGGAGGUGUUCAUGGAGAUUCGGAAGCCUCUAGAAUGGGACUGUAAACAAAUGGACCAUUUUGUGGGGCUCAACUUUAACUCCAACUUCAAUUUUGCACUAGUGGGACAUUUGCUAAAAGGUUACAGACACCCAUCCUCUGCCACAGUGGCAAGGACAGUCCGUAUCCUCCACACUCUUCUAGGCCUUGUGGGAAAACAUCGCAACUGUGAUAAAUUCGAGGUGAACACACAGAGUGUGGCCUACCUGGCAGCUCUGCUCACAGUCUCAGAGGAGGUGCGCAGCCGCUGCAGUCUCAAACACAGGAAGUCUUUGCUGCUCUCAGAUGUUACUAUGGAGAAUUUCCCUGUGGACACAUACUCAGUGUAUCACCCUGAGCCUGGCUGCAGGCCAUUAAAAGAAAGUCAGCCUUGGACUUCUCCUAAAGUAUCAGAGCGCUACCUGGCUGCUUACUAUCCCACAGUGGGGCAAACCAGCCCCCGCACACGCAAGUCCAUGAGUGUGGACAUGGGUCAGCCCUCACAGGCCAAUGCCAAGAAGCUACUGGGUAAGGAACGCCCAGCGAGAGGAGCUUCUGCACGCACCAGGAAGAGUUUUGACCAUUUGAUAUCGGACACUAAAGCACCAAAGAGACCAGAGAUGGAAUCAGGCAUCACAACUCCUCCGAAGAUAAGACGUGUGGCUGAGAACGAUUACGACAUUGAAACCCAGAGAAUUGCCAACUCCCACUUGCGCAAGGUCUCGGUGUCGGAAUCCAAUGUGUUGCUGGAUGAAGAAGUACUCACUGACCCAAAGAUCCAGACUCUGCUCCUCACUGUGCUGGCAACUCAAGUGAAGUAUACCACUGAUGAGUUCCACCAGAGGAUCCUCUAUGAAUACUUGGCUGAAGCCAGCGUGGUCUUCCCGAAGGUGUUUCCAGUUGUGCACAAUCUUCUGGACUCCAAGAUCAGCACACUGCUGUCCAUGUGCCAAGAUCCCAACCUCCUAAACCCUGUCCAUGGCAUCGUCCAGAGUGUAGUCUACCACGAGGAGUCACCCCCUCAGUACCAACCUUCCUGCCUUCAGAGCUUCGGUUUUAAUGGACUUUGGAGGUUUGCCGGCCCCUUCUGUAAGCAAACCCAGAUUCCUGAUUAUGCUGAGCUGGUGGUGAAGUUCUUGGACGCUCUGAUCGACACCUACCUUCCGGGUAUUGAAGAAGAGGGAGGGGAGGAGUCCCAGAGAACGCCCACCUCUCCUUAUCCCCCUAGUGUUCAGAGCCAACUUAGCAUUACAGCCAAUCUCAACCUCUCCAACUCCAUGACCUCACUAGCAACCUCACAGCAUUCACCAGAGGGCCCUAUAGUUUAUAGACGCUCCCCGACUUUGUCUCAUGCCAGGACAACAGAAGAGAUGCCCCCGAAAACCGCUGCCUCUCUGCCUUGCUCUAAGUCGGCUGUGUUUCCACCACACCUCGUCUUUCCAGGUAUUGAUAAAGAGAACGUGGAGCUCUCCCCUACCUCCAGCCUGUGCAGCGGCAGCCGAGCGCGUCACGGUUCAGCCAGCCAGGUGCAGAAACAGCGCAGCGCUGGCAGCUUCAAACGUACCAGCAUCAAGAAGAUCGUCUGAACACGCUCCGAGACCAAGCUGUGCAUUCAGGAGGCUGCAUUAAUUACCUUUCUGCAUAAAUCGUUUCUGUUGCUCCGUCGACCAGUCUGAGAAGGUUCCUUGCGUUUGAGCUUCAUUUUGUUUGUUAAGGAAGCCAGAAAUGGAAGAACAGUGUUUACUACCUGUGUGUUUGCAUGUGUGGAACAGCGAUCUAAGAGGCGAGGUGUGAUGGGCCUGAACCUCUCUCUGCACUACAGUUCAGAAUCGGCUCUCUUAAGAAGCUUUGACUGGUGCAUGAAGAGAAAACGUUGUAAACUGCGUAGUAUCUCUGUGCAGUUAGCAUCCUUUUUUCCCCUGAUGGCUUUUCAACUUCUGCUUUGAAAGUCAGGGGAGCCUGAGGGAACACUCAAGCGAGGAUGAAGACACUGUCUGCUGUUUUCUCCUAAUCUUCAGCAACGGCACAAGAUUGUGUGCAAACUGUAUGUAUGAGGAACAAGCUUCAAAUGUUCUCUACGGUUUUUUGAGACCGAACACUUGAGACUGUAGGCCUCAAGGAAGCUUCUGGAAGAAUUUUAAAUAUAAAUAUAUAUAUAUAUAUAUAUAUAUAUAUAAACAACCACUACAACACCUGACCAAAACUGACUGUGGAGAAAGACAACCUCAAAGUGUUUGGCAGGAUUUUGCUUGGAUCCUUUUGUCCUGAGAAUUAGCCAAACCUGGUGAUCUGAGGAUAUUCACAGUUAAGCUUGAUCCAGGUCUAGACUGGCAAUUGGAUGUCAUUCUAAUACCAAGCAGAUAUGUGUUUGGUGUGUGUGUAUAUACGGAAACGAUAGAGACGACGACGAUGAUGAUUAUGAUGAUCACACAUUUUGGGUUGCCGUUUUGUCCAUUGUGUGCCUUUGUCAGGAUUAUCAGCUGUGUAUAGUUUGUAAUAUAAGCUGAGGAAGGGAAAAACAGGUACUACUUAUAUAGAGAAGUGUUCUUCUUCACAUAUACAUAUGUCCAUACUUUGCUGCACUGUAAAGAAGUAAAAACGAUCAUAUGUUCUUCAAAUAUAUAAGUGUCAUUACUUGCUGCAUUUACUGUAGAUAUUUAUUCUGUCCAGGUAGAUAACUCAAAUUAAAUGAAGAUAAAUAGCUCUUAUUCGCUGUUCUCCUAUAAUAACAACCAAUUAUCAUUCAAAAAUAAUAUUAACAAUUAAGAACAGUCAUAUACUGACAAGAGUGCUACAGCUAACUGACUGUCACAUGAUUCCUGUAGUCAUUGUGACAAUGAUAAAAGUGAUAAAACAUGAGUGACUAUUUGAGAGCUUUUGAAGAUAUUUAGCUUCAGCUUAGUCUCGAAGUUAUGGUGUGCCACCAGUAAUUUAUAUUUUUUCUGUUUAGUUUCAAUACAAAUAUGCUGUGUAUGUUGUUUGGUCUAUUUUUAGGUUUAUUGUGUUUUCAAAGGGUGGGCAUAGGUUAAGACAGAAAGGGAGAUGAGGUGGUCUGUGUGCGCACCAUUACUGGAGCACAGCAUCCAUCAGAUCCAUUAUCCAUCAGUAUUAAUCUGUACCAGGCCCCCACCCCCCCACCCUAAGUUCCAGGAUAUCAAGAGGGAGGCAUAGUGAUAUUGCACCAAAGGAUAAAUCGCAAGAAGAAAAGAAUGGACAUGUUGUGAAAACACCUUGUUUCUUUUUCUCAAAUUCUUCUAGAUCUUCUCAUAUGUUUACCAUUGUAGGUUAUAUAUGUCUAUUAUGAUGACACCUUCUUCUUCCAAAAUGGUUUUGGGUUUGUUUUCCAGGCCGUUGUUGCAAAGAAGGUUCUGUCUUGUAGCUACUAUUUACACUGCAUGCUUCAUGUUCAUGCCCCCCAUCCCUCCACCCAUUUCUAUGGGUGCAUUAAGACUAGUGUGCCGUUUCACUCACAUUCAUUCAUUGUAAGCAAAAUACCACUACAGUUUACUCAAAAUAACGAACGCACAUGACUUGAGGAGGUUAGCUGAUGACGUGCAAUAUUCUCUGUUCGUACACGCACCACUUUUUCUUUCUUUUUCCAGAAGAUAAGGUGGAAAUCUCAUGACUAUACACUAUCAUACUAUAUUUUUUCUUUAUUUUCUCACUGACAGUGUCUUUUUCUUUUUACUUUUCUUUUAUUUUUUUUAAAGGGAAAUCGCACUACAAAAGAAAAAAGAAGGGGAUCAGCCUUCUAAUGCGUGAAGCAUUACCGACUUCUUUUUUAAGGAAACCAAAGUCACUUAUCUGUUGAUUACAAUUGGUUGUAAUAUUAGUUUUCUGCCCUUCAACCACUAAACCUAUUCCUAUAUAUCUCAAACCACUGCAUCUCCUAAGCAUUAAUUGCCUUAGUAAAGGGUUUAUUCUCUUGUGUCACUUGUGAUUAGUCAGUCUAGUUUUGACAGUUAUAACAGUGCCUCCUGCUUUUCUUUCUUAAUUGGGACCAAAUCCGUCCUGCUUUCUCAUUUUUCUAUUGUGUUUUUUGUUGUUUUUUGUUUAUUUUGUUUUCCUUUAUUAUGUAAUCCAUGUAGCUUCAGUAUUUUAUGUUUUCCAUUUUGUUACCCUGUUGUCUGUACAUAAGUACCAUUUUAGAGUGCAAGAGUAGUAGUACCGAUAGUUCAAGAUGGUGACUAUGCCGAGGCUGUCCAAUGAAACAUUGUACAAUUUUUUUUAUUCACAUUUUAAUAACACCUACUACACCUCAUGCAAAGGAUUGAUAUGUGGGUGAAAGAUGAGUUUCAACUAACCAAGACUGUAAUCUAUCUAUCUAUCUUGCGCUUUCUAAAUCCCUCCUAGUUCCACAUUCAUUCACUAAUCCCAGGCUUUGGCUUGAUGGUACACAGCUAAAUUAAAUUGUGUAAGUAAAGUUCUCAGGAUAUAUGGAAGCCUAAUAUGUACAGCUAUAGAUGGAGGUACGAUGUAGGGGAUGGCCUGCUGUUCUCUGCAGUUCAUUGGAAGCAUGCUUGCCCUCCUGCCUUUGGAAAUGUGUGUGUGUGUGUGUGUGUGUGUGUGUGUGUGUGUGUGUAAGAGAGUGUGUGAGAAGUAUGAUGUAAGAUAAGUCUUGCUCAUUUUGUGUCACACCUUGUGGUUAAGGAGCACUGCGUACAUUGAAAAGAAGUAAAAAUGUUUAUUAUAUAAUGCGAAGCUGUGUUUGGUUGAAGCAUUUACCACAUUUUAAUUGCACCAGUCAUCUGUAAACAGCACAUUUGUCAUUUGUAAAUAUUUUUGUGUAAAAUUGGAAGUUAUAUGAUUGUAAAUAUGACAUUGUAUUGCUUUUUUGUAAAGCAGUUAGUUGCUGUACAUGUAUAACAUGGCAAUUUAAAUAUACCUGUGUUCAUAAUAAAAGUUGUCCACCACCCUG